UUUUUUGUGGACUGUGUAUCUUUUCAGCAUCAUAAGGUCUUCACAACAUAGCCAUAGUUUAGUAGAAGGUUUUUCUCAAACAAUAGAAAGCCUUUCUUGACUGUGAAGGUAGAUCCUCUGUGGAAACUAUGUCUCUGGUGGAAGGACUUUUUCAGACUCCUGGCAGCUUCACACUACUGGGUUUCUUACUUGUGCUGGGGGUCCUCUACCUUUUCUCUACCUCCAAGAAGCAAAGAAAUGAGCCCCCUGGACCCAGACCUUGGCCAGUCCUUGGAAACUUGCUUCAGCUGAACCCCAGGAGAUUGCAUGUCAACUUCUUUGAGCUAUCGAAAAAGUAUGGGUCAGUGUUCACAGUCCACAUAGGCUGCAAGAAAACAGUGGUCCUAGCAGGUUUCAAGACUGUGAAAGAGGCCCUGGUGAAUUAUGCUGAAGAAUUUGGGGAUCGAGAGAUAAGUCCUGCAUUCUAUAAGAUAACUGAGAAUCACGGUAUCGUAUUUGCCAAUGGAGACUCAUGGAGAGAGAUGAGACGAUUUGCUCUGUCCAACCUCCGUGACUUUGGAAUGGGCAAACAAGUAAUUGAGGAGAAAAUAAUUGAGGAAAUCCAAUAUUUAACGGAGGAGAUUGGAAAGUACAAUGGUCAGCCUUUUGACAACAGGAAAAUCCUUCAUCUUGCAGUCUCCAACAUUAUUUCCUCCAUCAUAUAUGGCAGCAGGUUUGACUACUUCGACCCCCUAUGUCAAGAAAUGAUAAAGUGUAUAAAUGAGAGGAUUGAACUUCUUGGAAAAACAGCUGUUCAGGUGUAUAAUUUUCUUCCUUGCUUGGGCUCAUUGAUGAAGGAUUGGCGUGACCUAAUGAAGAGCAUGAAGACUUGCACAGAUCAGAUAAAAGCAAUGAUAAAGAAACUUCAGGACACACUAAAUACAGAGGACAGCAGGUGCUUUAUCGAUUCCUUCCUCAUCCGACAGCAGGAGCUCAAGAAAUCUGGAGAGCAGAACUUCUUCACUGAAAAGAAUUUGAUCUUUAGUGUCAUGAACCUAUUUGGUGGUGGAAUUGAGACUACUGCAACCACACUUUGCUGGGGACUGUUGCUCAUGGCCAGAUAUCCCCACAUACAGGGUCGUGUUCGGGAGGAGCUGACUAGGGUAACUGGUAGUCGGCAGCCAAGGGUCGAGGACAGGAAGAACCUGCCGUACACAGAUGCUGUGAUCCAUGAAAUCCAGAGGAUGGCCAACAUUCUUCCAAUGAGUGUCCCCCACAUCACCUCUUGUGAUGUGAUGUUCCAGGGUUUUCAUAUCAAGAAGGGGACCACUGUGUAUCCACUGCUGAUGUCUGUACUGUAUGAUGAGAAUGAAUGGGAGACUCCCUACACAUUCAACCCUGGACACUUCCUGGACAAGCAGGGUCGGUUCAUAAAGAGGGACGCUUUCUUGCCCUUCUCUGCAGGGCGACGGGUUUGUCUUGGUGAGAGCCUGGCCAGAAUGGAGCUCUUUCUCUUCUUCACCUCACUGCUACAGAAUUUCUACUUUACUCUUUCUUCCGGGUUGUCUGAGGCUGAGUUUGACGCCAUUGCAGCUAAUGGAUUUGACUUCAGCCCACCCCUCCACCAAUUGUGUGCUAUCAGUCAAGCCUGACGGUCCGGAUGUGAACAUUUCAACUGUGUUAGCCCAAUGUACUCCACCUUAAUUUGACAUUGCAGAGCUAAAAACUUGUUACACAAAAAAUUGUCUUUGAAACAUGGUGAUCGAUUUGUUGUUGAAUUCCUUCAUAAAUGCAGAAGACAUUACAGUAAAGUCUUCAUUAACCAACUUAUAUGAAACCAACAUUAAGACGCAUAGCUGAAAAUGUUGGAUAAUAUGGAGAUUGUGUAUGCAGGUUAAAGGAAAGAUUGAAGUCUGGUGUAAGUUUGAAAACUUUUCACUCAUACAGUAAACACUUAUAUUUAUUCAUGUAGCUGACACUUUUCUCCAAUGCAUCUUACAGCAAUUUUACUCAUUUAUACAGCUGGAUAAUUUUAUUGGAACGAUUUAGGCUUAACAAUCUUGCUCAAGUAUACUACAGCUGGAGGUGAAGCUCAAACCUGCCAUCUUCAGCUCAAAAGGAAGCAGCUUUAACCACUACACUACCAGCUCUGUUUUGCACUUGCAUUGAGUGUACGAAAUCUUCAAUAGGAAAUUAAUAAAAUUAGU